UCAUGCUGCUGCCAGGUCCAGAGUCUGUCAUGGGUCCCUGUACGGCCUCCCAUUGCUGCUGUCUCCAUCGCCACACUCUGCCAUGUGCCACUUUCAGGUCUCCUCACACUGCUGCUGUGUUCCAUUUUUUGUCAUAGGGUGCUGGCAGAUUACGGGCCUCCCAUAGCUGCUGCCAGGCCCCUAAUCUGCCAUGGGCCCCUAUAUACCGCCUCCUCAUGCUGCUGCCAGGUCCAGAGUCUCUCAUGGGUCCCUGUACGGCCUCCCAUUGCUGCUGUCUCCAUCGCCACACUCUGCCAUGUGCCACUUUCAGGUCUCCUCACACUCCUGCUGGUUUCCAUUUUGUCAUAGGUUGCUGUAUGGCCUCCCAUUGCUGCUGCCUCCACCGCCACACUGUGGCUCCAAACACUGGUUUUGGCCCCGUGACUGGCCAAAUGAGUGAAGUGUGCGGUGAUUCUAAGAUCGACGGCACUCAUCUGCAUGUCAUACUG